AUGAUAUGUGAGAUCGAGGAAUUCUACAAACAGAAGCAUCAAGGACGCCAACUGAUUUGGCAGUACCAUCUAUCCCACGGUAUUAUAGCCUAUUAUCCACCUAUAGCGACUACUACCUCCGCCCAACCGACCACCUCCAUGACCGAUGCAGCUCCACCGACAUCCCAGGUGGAACUGGAGAUGACUACUCUCCAGAUCGUCGUGCUGUUCGCUUGGAGAUAUCGCGAUAUUGACCAGCGACUACGUCUUGACGGUCUUCUCACUGCCACGGGUCUAUCGGACCUGGAGUUACGCCGAACUCUAUGGUCUCUCUCCGAACGUCCCAAAAUGGAGCAGCAGAUUAUUCUUUACUCCCCAGAAGCAACCUCGGAAAAGGAUUUCACUAAUGAGACAGAAUUUUGGAUUAAUCCAGCUUUUGGAGUUGCUCGUUCUGGUCGUCCACCCAACCGUCGACGCGUAAACAUGAUUGGUCGACUACAGUUGACCCAGGCGGGCUGUGAGGAAGAAAGCCUAGCCAUCGUGCAACUACGUCAAAUGCGUGCCCAAGAGGCCGUGGUGAGGGUGAUGAAGAGUCGCAAGCGUCUCACCUUCUCCGAGGUCUAUCAGCAGGUCAUUGGUCUGCUAAAGGACCAGUUCAUUCCCUCGAAACGUAUGUUGAAGGAAGUUAUUGAAUGGCUAAUUGAGCGCCGUUACAUCGAACGUGACUCACAUGAACUUGAUACCUUUGUCUACGUCUCCUGA